AUGGAAAACAGCGAUUCAGGAGGAUUAGCGGCGUGUCGGCCACCACCUCAGAUCCAGUUGCAGGCACUCAAAACACCACAGGUGAUAGCGGCGAAGGCCUCGCUGGCUACCUCAACCCCAGAGGUCACCAUGGUCGCGAAAUCUGAAACUGGUAGAGCCAGAAUAUGGAAUACCAAGAACCUAGCUUUGCGCCUCGGCGCUGACCUGAUCAGCGCCGCCUCAGCCGCGGUUCUCAUCGCUCCGAUCAUAUCGAUCAUAGACCGCUCUAUAAUGGAAAAUGCCUCCGGCCGGCGCACCCUCUCCGCAUCCCUCAAAUCCUCUCUCGGCUCCCUCCUUCGUCAUCCACACCGGGCAAUCCUCUCCAAGCCCUUCGCGCUGAUCUUCGCCCUCUACGGUGGCACCUACCUCACCGCCAACGCCCUCGAUACAGCCGUUUCCACGACUCGUAACCUCCCACCAACCCACGUCACCUCGGGUACGGGCAAAUUCGCCGCCUCUUCCACGGCCAACAUCGGCCUGUGCAUCUACAAGGACCAGGUCUUUGUCCGCCUAUUCGGCCCUCCCGGAAUCACGCCUCGUCCCGUCACCCUACCCAGCUACCUCUUGUUCGCGGUGCGUGACUGCCUGACCAUUUUCGCGUCGUUCAACGUGCCUCCGUUGCUCGGCCCCGCACUGUCGCGCCGCUUACAGGACAAGGGCCUGCACCGCUACGUGUCGGGCCAGACGCUGGCGCAGUUUGCCGCGCCCGCCGCCGUGCAGCUGUUCAGCACCCCGGUCCACUUGCUGGGGCUGGACAUGUAUAACCGACCCGGGGCCCUGGCUGGCGGCUGGCGGGACCGGUGGGCAGCGGUGAAAAAGAAUUGGGGAGUGAGCACCCUUGCGAGGAUAUGUCGCAUCGUGCCAGCAUUCGGGGUGGGUGGGGUGGUGAAUAUGAAGGUGAGAAGGUCGCUAAUGGAGCGGCUGGCGUAA